CCACCGACCUCCCCCCAUCUCCACCGGCCGCCCGUCUAUCAGCGAGCGCGUCUUCCACCCCGCAUCCCGUCUGCGCUCUGCCCGAGUGCUUUAAUUGCGCGCGCUCGCCUCCGCCCUCGAGUCGCGACCGCUGCGAGCCCCCGACUCCCGUGCAGCCUCUGCCUGCGGGCCCUAUUCUUCGACCACAUCACCUAAAGCGCGCCCGGCGCAUCGAGCCCAUCGCCGGACGCGACGAGCACGCCACAUAGCUACCGCAGCACACUUAUCCAGCCGUUGAGCAGGCGCCCAGCGUGGCUACCGCUACUCUCUCACUCACUCGCCACAUCCGCUAGGACAGCUUCCAGCGACUCUCUCACCCACAAAACUCUGCAGCGCCGCCACGAUGCCGCCCGGUGCACCCGCAGUAUCGAAAUGUCCGCUCCGGACCAUCAAGGAGAUCCAGUUCGGGCUGCUCUCCCCCGAGGAGAUCAAAGCCAUGAGCGUCUGCCACAUCCUAUAUCCCGAGACCAUGGACGAGGUCAAGCAGCGUCCACGCGAGCAGGGCCUCAACGACCCGAGGCUUGGCACCAUCGACCGCAUGUACACGUGCCAGACGUGCAAGGAGGACAUCCAGAUCUGCCCCGGUCACUUUGGCCACAUUGAGCUGCACACGCCCGUCUUUCACGUCGGUUUCGUCGUCAAGAUCAAGAAGAUUCUCGAGACGGUGUGCCAUACGUGUGGCCUGAUCAAGGCUGACUACAACCAUCCAGACUGGGCUGCGGCCAUCAGGAAAAAGGAUGCGAAGAAGCGCUUUGACACCAUCUGGCGCAUGUCGCGGACGCGGACCGUGUGCGAGCAAGACUCGUCCGAGGAGGACCCUAAGAAGGCGCCUCGUAUUCCCCACGGCGGUUGCGGUAGCGGACAGCCAGACACCAUUCGCAAGGAAGGUCUUAAGCUGACCGGGAACUGGAAGGCCAAGAAGAAGGACGAGGACGACGGUCAGGGUGACAGGAAAGAAGUCCUCACUCCCCAGCAUGCUCUCAACAUUUUCAAGCUCUUGUCCGACAAUACCCUCGCCUUGUUGGGUCUUAACGCCGACUACGCUCGCCCCGAGUGGAUGGUUCUUACCGUUUUGCCUGUUCCCCCGCCUCCGGUGCGGCCUAGUAUCUCCGUUGACGGUACCGGCCAGGGCAUGCGCGGAGAAGACGAUCUGACCUACAAGUUGGGUGACAUCAUCCGUGCAAACGCAAACGUGCAGCAGUGUAUCACAGAUGGCUCACCUCAGCACGUCUUGACUGAGUAUGAAACACUGCUCCAAUAUCACGUUGCCACCUAUAUGGACAACGACGCCAAUGGUGUACCACAGGCGAUGCAGAAGUCUGGUCGUCCCUUGAAGACGAUCCGUGGUCGCCUAAAGGGUAAGGAGGGCCGUCUACGUGGUAAUUUGAUGGGUAAGCGUGUCGACUUCUCCGCACGUACCGUCAUCACCGGUGACCCCAACUUGUCUCUGGAUCAGGUUGGUGUACCUCGUUCUAUUGCACGAACCCUCACAUACCCUGAAGUUGUCACCAAGUUCAACAUCAGCAAGUUGACAGGUCUGGUACGCAACGGUCCCAAUCAACAUCCGGGUGCCAACUACGUCAUCAAGGCCGACGGUGUUCGUCUCGACCUGAAACACAACAAGAACCUUGACGAUCUGCGUCUGCAGUAUGGCUGGAAGGUUGAGCGCCACAUCGACGACGACGAUGUUAUCAUCUUCAACCGUCAGCCCUCGCUGCACAAGGAGUCCAUGAUGGGUCAUCGCGUCAAGGUCAUGCCUUACUCCACAUUCCGUCUGAAUUUGUCUGUCACAUCACCAUACAACGCCGAUUUCGACGGUGACGAGAUGAAUUUGCACGUGCCCCAGAGCGACGAAACUCGUGCUGAGAUCCAGAACCUGUGCAUGGUGCCUAAGCAGAUUGUGUCUCCUCAAAAGAACGCACCUUUGAUGGGUAUUGUUCAGGAUACUCUUCUGGGUGCCUACAAGAUGACCCGUCGAGAUAGUUUCAUGCCUCUCGAGCAGGUCAUGAACAUCAUGAUGUGGGUACCAGAUUGGGACGGUAUCGUACCAGAGCCCGCUAUCUUGAAGCCUCGACCUCUCUGGACUGGUAAGCAGAUCAUCAGCUUGGCCAUCGCAAAGGAGGUCACCAUCAUCAGGUCUGAAGAUGAUUCAAAGCCUUCACCUUGGAACUGUCUGAAGGAUCAGAGUCUGCUGAUUCUGGGUGGUGAGCUCAUCUACGGAUCCAUCACUAAGAAGAUUGUCGGAGCUACGGCUGGUGGUGUCAUCCACAUCAUUUUCAACGAGCUUGGUCCUCAGGAUGCUGUUGGCUUCUUCAACGCCUGCCAGCGUAUCGUCUGUCACUGGCUUUUGCACCAUGGUUUCAGUUUCGGUGUCGGAGAUACUAUCCCCGAUCCAAAGACUGCUGACAAGAUUGCCGAGGAGAUUGCAAAGGCGAAAGCAAAGGUCGAUGUCAUCACAAAGGAGGCUACUUCUGACAAGCUUGAGCCUCUGCCUGGUAUGACCAUUCGUGGUACCUUCGAGUCUAAGGUUCAAAAGUUCCUCAAUGAGGGUCGUGAAGGCGGUGGUACUGCAGCUCAGAACAGUUUGAAAGAUUUCAACAACGUUGUCCAGACCGUCAUUUCUGGAUCCAAGGGUUCUACUGUCAAUAUCUCCCAGAUGGUUGCCCUUGUCGGACAACAAGCUGUGGAAGGUCAGCGUAUUCCUUAUGGUUUCAAAUACCGCACCCUGCCGCAUUUCACCAAGGACGAUUAUUCGCCAGAAUCACGAGGUUUCGUCGAGAACUCCUAUCUGCGUGGUCUUACACCGUCCGAGUUCUUCUUUCACGCCAUGGCUGGUCGUGAGGGUCUUAUCGACACAGCUGUCAAGACUGCUGAGACGGGAUACAUUCAGCGUCGUUUGGUCAAGGCACUUGAAGACGUCAUGGUCAAGUACGAUGGCACUGUUCGAAACUCGAUGGGCGACAUUGUCGAGUUCAUCUACGGCGAGGACGGCUUGGACGGAGCUCAUAUUGAGAAGCAGAAGAUUGACAGCAUCACAUCUUCUGAGGCCAAGUUUGAGAAGGUGUACAAGCUGGACGUCCUGACUACGGACAAGCCUCCCAUCCCUUCCAGCCAGUUGGUAGUCGCUUCGGAGAUCCAGGGUGAUGUGAAUGUGCAGCAAUACCUCGAUGAAGAAUUCGAGGAAAUUAAGAGGGACCGUGAGUACUUGCGCACAGUCAUUGGCCAGGAUGACAGCCAGCAAUUCCAGCUGCCGCUCAACAUUCAACGUAUGAUUGAAUCUGCGCAAGCGAGGUUCAAGAUCAAGGCCGACAAUGUCAGCAAUCUCGAACCUAUCGAGGUGAUUACACAAGUUCGAGCGCUUUUGGAUCGGUUGGUCGUCAUCCGUGGAGACGACGAGUUGUCCAAAGAGGCCCAGGCUAGUGCCACUUACCUGUUCAAGUGUCAGUUGCGCUCUCGUCUUGCCUUCAAGCGUCUUGUUGUCGAAUCGCAUUUGAACAAGAAGGCCCUGGCCUACAUUUUGGGAGAACUGGAGGAUCGCUUCCUCAAGGCAGCUGUGGCACCUGGUGAGAUGGUUGGUGUCCUUGCCGCUCAGUCGAUUGGUGAGCCGGCUACUCAGAUGACACUGAACACCUUCCAUUUCGCCGGUGUGUCGUCCAAGAACGUUACACUUGGUGUGCCCCGUCUGAAGGAGAUUCUGAACAUCGCUGCGAACAUCAAGACCCCAUCUAUGCUUGUCCGACAACAGGACAACAACGGUACACAGCAGGACGCCAAGAUUCUGCGAAGUCGUAUUGAACUGACUACUCUGCGUUCUCUUACGCACUCCGUCGAGCUCUUCUACGAUCCAGAGAUCCAGUCCACGUCCAUUGAAGCAGAUGAGGAUAUGGUGGAAUCCUACUUUAUCAUCCCAGAGGAAGACGAAGUCAUCGAAUCGCAAUCCAAGUGGCUACUCCGUAUCAUUCUUGAUCGUAAGAAGUUGCUCGACAAGAGUAUCUCCAUUGGUGAGGUUGCGGGCAGGAUCAAGGAGGAGUUCAAGCCCAAUCUUGCGGUCAUCUUCAGCGACGAGAAUGCCGACGAGCAGAUCAUGCGUGUCCGCUUCAUCUGGGAUGCCAAUCUGCAGAAAGAGGAUGAGGAUAACGAGGAGCGAGAUGAGCAAUGGAUGCGCAAGCUCGAGAAGCAUUUGCUCGACGACGUCAUCCUUCGUGGUGUCCGAGGUGUUGAGCGUGCUUUCAUUCGAGAAGACAACAUUGUUGUGGAGAACGACGAUCGAUCUCUUGUCCUUUCGAGGAACGACCCUCGCUGCAAGGAGUGGGUGCUCGACACCACAGGUACUGCUCUGGCAGACGUCCUCGCCAUUGAGGGUGUUGACGCUACCAAGACCUACUCCAACUCUUUCAUCGAAAUUCUCGGGGUACUCGGCAUUGAAGCUGCUCGCGCUGGUCUUCUCAAGGAGUUGGGUAUGGUCUUGUCCUUUGACGGUUCCUACGUCAAUCACCGUCACAUGGCGUUGCUCGUCGACAUCAUGACGCAGCGUGGUAUGCUCAUGGCUAUCACCCGUCACGGUAUCAAUAGGAACGACACUGGAGCACUCAUGAGGUGUUCGUUCGAGGAGACUGUUGAGAUUCUUCUUGAAGCUGCCGGUUUUGGUGAGCUUGACGAUUGCCGCGGUGUCUCUGAGAACAUUAUGCUUGGUCAGCUCGCUCCAAUGGGUACUGGAGAGUUUGAUGUUGUCAUGGACAGUGCCAUGCUUCUCACUAUGGUGGAAGACAACUCCAAGAUGAUGGGUGGCGCCGCUGCUGGUAACUACAUGGAUACUGGUGCGGCUACGCCUUACGACCUGGGCUCUCCCACUUAUGAAGGCAACAUGGGUAUGGCUGGAUUCGAUGCCUCCUUCUCUCCUCUUGCUGCUGCUGGUACUGGCGACGAUGGCGGCUUGACACAAUACGGUGGCGGCUAUGGCGAUGGUGCCUUUAGCCCGUACGCUGGCGCCCGAAGCCCUGGCUACGCUCCGAUGUCUCCUGGAUUCUCAGGCACCAGCCCUGUCUCACCAGGAUAUUCUCCCACUUCGCCUGGAUACUCGCCGACCUCACCAGGAGGCAUCAGCAGCCCACGCUUUGGUGGUACGUCGCCUGGAUAUGCAGCUACCAGCCCACAGUACUCGCCUACAUCACCGAGCUAUUCACCGACGUCGCCUGGAUACCACUCUCCCACGUCUCCAUCAUACUCUCCUACCUCACCCAGCUACUCGCCGACUUCCCCGUCAUACUCUCCGACGUCGCCGAGUUACAGUCCUACUUCGCCCGCACACCGUGGAGCAACGUCACCUCAUUACAGCCCGACGUCCCCAGCCUACAGCCCAACCUCGCCUCAGUACAGCCCCACAAGUCCGCAGUUUGGUGCGAACAGCGAUAGGCGCUCGCCCGCUUCGCCAACAUCCCCGGCUUACAGCCCGACGAGCCCGGUGUACUCUCCUACCAGCCCAGCUGGUAACCCGUCGUACUCUCCGACGUCACCCAAAUACUCGCCUACAUCUCCGGGCCCAGCUUCGGCGCCAUACUCGGCCGCGAGCCCUAAGUGGAGUCCGGGUUACUCGCCUUCAUCUCCCAAGCAGUAAAGAACCACCGAAACACGUCAAGUGCAGAAGUGGGACUCUUUCAUGUAAGCUCAGGUCCUUGCCUUUGCCGUGUACAAAAGUUGUCUUCGCUUCGUCGGAUGGCUGACUUUGGUGACGUUCAGACUUCACUCAAAGUCUGCUUCUUCCCUUUCCAUCUUGCCGGCUCCCCAGUCUCGUCAGCCCUCCGUACCUUUUGCUAGGCCCACGGGCGCGCUGCUCGACAAACGAUCCCAUAACCACCGCCGCCGGUCUUUUGUUUUCCACAACGAUAUCUACUUCGUCUAAAUGUACAACACCCCAAAGCCUUGCUCGACGCACUCGGCACCCAAAAACCUUUUAUCUGCAUUACCUUUUUUUCUGAACACAUUGCCCCCCAGAUUGCUGUGGGAUGCACGGCGGCGUUUUUUUCUUCCUGGUCUUUUUAAAGUGAGUGCUACGUACG